AGAAAAAUAAUAGGAUUUUAACAGAAUAUGGUAUUAUUAAAAAGGUGCUUGGAAAUUAUAACUAUAAUAAUUUUAAAGAGUAUCGUAAACUAGCUUUUAUUUCUAAAGAUUUUUUCAUCGCAUCUAAAAAUGUAUUGAUUACACUUUAUCUAAUAGACAUUGAUGAUAUAUGCUAUAAUCCAAGACCAACUCAUAAAUAUUAUAUUGAAUAUAACGUGACUAAAAAUUUAAUUUUAAAUGAUAGAUUUUCAAAUAUUAGAUCUAUCUAUUAUAAUUGGUCUUCGUUGACUACGACGGCCGUAUCUCACAGCAAGAGGUUUUAUCCUGCAAUUACAAAUGAGUAUUUUUACAAAAAGUUAAUACGCAAUCCAUUCAAUAAGACAUUUGAAAGAGAUUCUGAGGACCGUAUAGUGAUUGAUAUGAAAGACAUCAUGAUUAAAACAGCAAAUAUUUCAUUUAAUCGCCAAUUAUCUAGCAAAGAAUCUACAACUGCCUUUAGAAGACCAUAUCAUGAAUUAAUCCCAGUUACAGAUCACGAGCAUGGUCAUUACGUAACUACACCCUCUGAUAUAGCAGAUAAAUGGAUAUACGAAGACAUAAAUAUACUGGAUCUAUCAAACAAAACAAAGUCAAUACUGAGCAAUCUUAUUGAUAGUUAUGAAUAUCAAAUCGAUGGUGUUAGCAUCGUGGAAAUGGGAUACUAG